GCCGGAACGGUCACUCAGAGCCGGGAGUUCGGCAUUCUAGCCCCGCCCCUCAGGCAGCUUGGCCAAACCCCCGCGGCGGCGCAGGACGUCGCCGGGAUCUGUCCCAGAGACCACGUGGUCCCAGGAGGCGCCACUGCCUGCCAUGGGCGUGCAGCCCCCCAACUUCUCGUGGGUGCUGCCCAGCCGGCUGGCGGGGCUGGCGCUUCCCCGGCUCCCCGCCCACUACCAGUUCCUGCUGGACCAAGGUGUACGGCAUCUGGUGUCCCUGACGGAGCGCGGGCCCCCGCACAGCGACAGCUGUCCCGGCCUCACCCUGCACCGGCUGCGCAUCCCAGACUUCUGCCCGCCGGGCCCAGAGCAGAUCGACCGCUUCGUGAAGAUCGUCGAUGAGGCCAACGCCAGGGGAGAGUGGUCAAUCUGUCCAAUACAGAGGAGCCAAACAGACCAGAUGGCAUAUUCUCCUGUAAAUAAAGGGCAUGCUCUGUGCCAAGGAGUGGCAGUGCCAAGGACACCAAAGACAGCUCCCGCCACAGAAACAUGCAGGAUCCUCAGACGCGUGGAGGCUGCUACAAACGCCAGACCACCCUGGGUCCCAGGGCUGUCCUGGCAGGCACUCGCCAGCUGGAAACCCAGAGAAUAAUAAACCUUGGAGAGUAACAUGCUGAGUUCACCUGAAAAUCCAGCCUCUUCACUUUUAUAUGUAUAUUCGAGGCAAAGUCUGCAUGUGGGUCACCUAGAAACAUGUUUGAGGCUAUUCAUUUAUUCAUUAACUCUGUACAAAUUUAUUGAGUACUUUCCAUGUGCCAGGCACACUUGUAGGGGCUCAAAGAAAGCAUGAACAAAACACAAACAUCUUCACCCUCCUGAAGUGUGCACGCAGCAUUGUUUAA